UUUUACUAGACUCGGAAGGUAGUGAAUGUGUUGGGUGAAACAGAGUUGAUAAUAGAAAUACCGAGAGAUUGCUACAAGUUUUCUUUGUUGUUACAGCAAAAGCCAGGAAAUGAUAACUGUAUCGUGAAAAGGGAGGCUCACUCCUGCCCAACCGAGUCCUUGCAUCUGUAGAUGAGAAGAGAUCGCCAUGAACAUGGCAUCCUUCAACAAACCUGCAAUCGAGAAGUUAACACUCAAAAUAUUCCAGCCUAAUGGCAGCUUCAACUCUGUCAAGUGCAUGGAGACAACUGACAUUAAGAGUGUGAUCCAUGCCGUGGUCGCUAAAUUAGCGAGAGGUGAUCGUGCCUUCCAGAGUAGCUUUGCAAUUCGCCUUCAACACAUCCAAACAGAGGAGAGUCAUUGGUUACAUAGGGACCUCACCAUUGGUCAGAUCAAACAUAAAUAUGAGAAGAUACACCCAGCAUUAGAAUGGAGGCAUGAAUUACGGAUCCGCUACUUGCCUAAAGAUUACCAUGAACUUCUGGAGAAAGACAAAGUCACAUUUUUCUACUUUUAUGAUCAGGUACGCAAUGACUACAUGAAUGAGGUUGCAGAGACGGUAGAUAUGGACAUUGCUCUGCAGCUAGGAUGUCUAGAAAUGAGAAGAUUCUUUAAGGAUAUGCCACAGAUCGCUCUGGACAAGAAAGCCAACUUUGACUACCUCGAAAAAGAAAUAGGUCUGAAGAGAUUCAUUCCCAAAGCAGUGAUUGAUAACACAAAGCCAAAGAAUCUACGCAAGUUGAUCCUUCAGUACUUCAAGCAGUUUGCAAAUCUUAACGAAGAGCAGUGUGUCUUCAAGUUCUUUGAUGUACUAUCCAAGAUCCACCGCUUCGACCACGAAAAGUUCAAAUGUGCUCUCGGAACUGGUUGGAGUAUAUCAGUUGAGCUUGUGAUUGGUCCUGAAGAUGGAAUAAGUUGCCUAACAGACAAAGCAUCCACACCUACAAAGAUGGCCGAGUUUACCCAAGUGCAGUCAGUGCAGACGCUAGGCGGGGAUAUGGAAAACAACAAGAAGGGCUUACUACAACUCAGAAUAUCAGGUGCAAAUGAGCCUUUUCCUAUCCCCCAAUUCCCUGGUUCUAAUGAAGUUGACGCAUGUUCUGUGUAUAUCACUACACCGUCCGUCACCAUUGCUGAAGACAUGGCCGAUCUGAUUGAUGGGUACUGUCGACUUGCCCUAAAAACAGAACAGUCCCUCAUUGUACGGCCACAACAAGUAUUUAAAUAUUUUUCAAACCAAGCCACUGGAUAUGUGACCACUAACAUCCAAGCCUUUUCUGUGGUUCCAAGGGAUAAGACGGCUUAUCUUCAGUACACUGCGUCUUUUAAUGCUGCCUCACGGAGAGGAGAUGUUUCUGUUUCUCAGUCCUCACAGCAAGGGGACAGGGCUCUACCAUCACUUCCACUUGAGAAUGAAAGUGAAGACAGUGUUGAGAAUUACACUGAAGUUAAAGUCAGUACUAGCAGAAGGAAACACAUCACGCAAUCAGCCCUCUCUGAUGACUAUGCAGAGAUUAUAGAGGAUGAUGAUUAUGCCUUACCUGCAACCAAAGACUAUGAGAUACCAAGGGAUCAAGUGUCAUUAAUCUCUACCAUAGGAGAAGGACAGUUUGGUGAUGUGCAUAAAGGUGCCUUUAAGGAUGAGGAGGGAAACCCAAUAGAAGUUGCGAUUAAAACAUGCAAAGUGGAAAGCACUGAAACACUCGGAGAGAAAUUCCUGGAAGAAGCAUAUAUAAUGAAGCAGUUUGAUCAUCCACACAUCAUUAAGCUGAUUGGAGUCUGUACAGAACCACCUAUAUGGAUUGUCAUGGAGCUGGCUCCAUUUGGAGAGAUGCGGACAUUUCUUCAGGAGCAUUUGUCAGAGCUAUGCCUAUCCAACCUUAUGUUAUAUUGUUAUCAACUCAGUACUGCACUCUCAUAUCUGGAGAGUAAGAAAUUUGUACAUAGAGAUAUUGCUGCACGUAACAUACUAAUCGUAGCCAAAGAUAACGUGAAGUUGGGGGAUUUUGGUUUGUCCAGAUUGCUUCACGAUCAUUCUUACUACAAAGCCUCUAAGGGUAAGCUCCCUAUCAAGUGGAUGGCUCCAGAGUCUAUCAAUUUCAAGAGGUUCACAUCAGCAAGUGACGUGUGGAUGUUUGGGGUGUGUAUGUGGGAGAUUCUGAUGUAUGGUGUGAAACCCUUCCAAGGUGUGAAGAAUAAUGAUGUUAUAGGUCGUAUUGAGAAUGGUGAGAGAUUACCCAUGCCAGCAGGCUGUCCACCUACCUUGUACAGCGUCAUGACGUUAUGCUGGUCAUAUGAACCUUCCAAGAGACCGACAUUUCAAGACCUUAAGCUCAGAUUGCAUGAGAUUCGUGAUGAGGAGGUUGAGCAGCAAGAGUCAAUGAUGAAGACUGAAAGGAGAAGAGUUGCAUCAACGUGGGGCUUCCCUGACGAACCACCACCCAAGCCUUCAAGACCUGGCUUCCCAACCUACCCAGGUCCUAGUCACAAUCCAGCCGCAGUGUAUGAGGCUACAGCCAAUCACUACCAAGCAACGAGUACAAUCAAAGGACCUUACAUGGGUCAUAAACCUCCAGAGGAGAUGGCUGCCUUGAUGGGUAUCAGAACCAUGCCUGCUGAUCUACAACUACACCAGGAGCGACUUGACACUGAGAGGUUACAGCAACAGCAGCAGCAGCACCAGCAGCAUUUUGAGCAGCAUUUUGAGCUGCCUGAGGAGAUGCAUCUAAACGAGAUGCAGCGAAUGGAAGAGAAGUUAAAACAGCAGAGACUAGACAGUGAAGCAGACUCAAGAUGGCUAGCAUCAAGCGAGCAAGUACUGAGACCAGAUGCGAAAGAAAAUGACUUCAUCAACAAACAGAAUGGCAGUCAUCAACAUCGGAAUAAAGAUCCGGUCAACCAGCCAUUGUAUCAACCAUUUGAUAGGCCUAGUUCCUACCAUCAGCCUGCUGACUAUCGUCAGCCAAUACCUGAACCUGUAAAGCCUAUUGAGCCUCCAAAGGUUGAGGAACCUCAGCAGCCUCAGCAACCUGUACAGGUUGGUCCUACCAUGGAUCUAGAUCGUACUAAUGAUGAGGUAUUUGAGAAUACUACUCAGGUUGUACGAGCUGUUAUGGAGAUGGUGAAUAUGGUACAUGCAGUACGAUCGGAGCAGUAUGUCAACUUAGUAAAGGAUGUCGGAUUGUCGUUGAAGAACCUCCUGGCCAGUGUAGAUGGUCUCUACAGCUCCCUCCCUCCUCAGACGCACCGGAGCAUCCAAAUGGCUCACAAAGUACUUAGCUCAGACAUGGCUGAGCUAAUCAACGCCAUGAAGCUUGCCCAACGCUAUGCUACUACCACCCUAGAUCAAGACUACAAGAAAGGCAUGCUGUCUGCCGGACACAUACUCGCUGUAGAUGCUAAGAACCUACUGGAUGCUGUGGACACGGCCCGCUUAAGUGCACAGGAAGUAUGAUACCGAUUUAAAGACACAUCUCCCUUAAUAGACCUUAUGCUUUGACAUCAUCCAGCCGCCAUCUUAGAGUUAGAACGAUGACAAAACAAUCAAAAUGCACAGAUUUGUAUGAAUGGCACACAGGUUCGGCCAAUGAGUGACCGCUUUUUGACCUCUAGGUGAGGAUGCCCUUUUGAUAUGACAUCAUGUGCAUAAGAUCUAUAGCAGAGUACUACACCACAACUCCUGGAUAGCGUCUACUGACACUGAGCAGAUCUCGUUUGGCGGUGCCAAGAACCUGUCUGACAGUUCUUAGAAGGCCCACUUAAGCGCCCAGGAAGUGUGAUACAGAUUAAAAGAAAUGUCUCCCUUUGUAGCAGUUACAUUUAACAACAAGUACUUCACCACAACAGCCCAGGUUAAUAUCUUCUUGGACAGGAAUACUCGGUCUCAUAGGUUGAUACCAAGAACUUGCUUGACAACUGCCAAGAAGACCUGCAUAUAGGCCCAGGAUGUAUGAUACUAUUAAGGCUAUCAACAAGGUACCUUUAUUCCUCCAGUCAGUGUGGGCACUGCCACCUAUGCCAUACACUCGCUGUUAUUCAGACCCACUUAAUGGCCUAGGAAGAUUUGGCGAAGAUAGAACCUACACCCCAAUUUGAAGACUGAAGUCGGGACUGCAAGCAGGAAAUGUAGUCUUCCAUCAUGAAUUACUCAUUUAUUCUUAAUACUUCUUUAUGGCUCUGAGCAUGGCCCGUUUUAGGGCCAAUAGUAGCCCACCCUAAUGAAGUCACUUUUGCUUAAAAUACCCGGCUAUCGGACAAUCAUGCCACAUCACCUACAUUUACACGAUCACAGCAUCAUGGAUGCGCUAAACUGGCUAAUAGUGAAGUUAGUCGCGGGUAAACAAACAAUUUGGACGUACGCGUGCGUUAGUGAAAGUUGAUACAUUUAUCUGAGGUCGGUACUUACAUGUAGCUUCCUUUUUUAAUGAUUAGUGCGGAAUUCUAUUAAGUGUGAAUCAGAAGAGGUUACUGAUGUAACCUUUUUUUUUCCAAUCCCCAGCCAUAACUGUAGCCAUCACUAGACUGCAAGGAGAGCUAUGUCUGCUUCUCUUAUUCUCACUCUCAUUGCAAACAUUCUUGUUGGAUAUUGCAGAAAUGGCCCGUUAAAAGGCCCAGGAGGUAUGAGUUGUUCUAAGCAUUGCGAACAAAACUUUCUUCUGUGGGUUCAAGAUGUUAGUUAUAAAUGCCUUUAUGUUACUGUAAAAAAUAAUAAUACAAAUUAAUUUGUCACCAAUUUCAUAGAGCUGGUACCCGUCAAAACACUAUGUAUCGUACCAUUAUUUUGCGACUGGUUCCAUGGUAUUUUCUAUGAAGCACUAUCUUCUCCAUUGUGGCUUUGUGGAAUUGGGCCCAAUGUUUUGUCAGUGGUUUAUAUUGUACAUGUUAAACUCUAUUUAAGGUGUAUAAAAUGAUGUCACAUUUGAUAUUUCUUUAAUAGUGGGGGGAAGGGUCUUGUGUGUGUGUUUGGGGAGAGAAAUGAUAUCCCAUGUAUUUGUGUGAUGCCACUGGCCUUAUUAAUAUGUUGUAUUAAAUGCCUUAAUGGGAUUGUACCCUGACUCAAUUUGUUC